AUGGCAUCCUUCAAACAAGUUUCAAUCCUUUUAUUAUCUCUUUUCCUCAUUUCCCUAUUCAAAUACUCUCAUGCUGCGGGAAUUGCAGUCUAUUGGGGCCAAGAUGGAGGUGAAGGUUCCUUGGAAGAUGCUUGCAACACAAACAACUAUCAGUUUGUAAACAUAGCUUUUCUAUCCACUUUUGGCAAUAGCCAAAACCCGCAACUAAAUCUUGCUGGUCAUUGUGAGCCAAGCAUCAAUGGCUGCACAAAGUUUAGUAGUGAAAUUCAAACUUGUCAAGGCAAGGGAAUCAAAGUGUUACUCUCUCUCGGAGGUGCCUCUGGUAGUUACUCUCUUAAUUCGGCCGAUGAAGCCACACAACUAGCAACAUACCUAUGGAACAAUUUCCUUGGUGGAACAUCAAGUUCAAGACCAUUAGGUGACGCAGUUUUGGAUGGAAUAGAUUUUGAUAUUGAAGCAGGCGAUGGUCAACAUUGGGAUGAACUAGCAAAAGCACUUAAUGGUUUUAGUGCACAAAAGAGAGUUUACUUGUCUGCAGCACCACAAUGUCCUUUCCCUGAUGCUCAUUUAGAUUCAGCUAUUAAUACUGGUUUAUUUGACUAUGUUUGGGUUCAGUUUUAUAAUAAUGGCCAGUGUCAAUACUCAAAUGGAAAUAUUGACAAUCUUGUUAAGGCUUGGAAUCAAUGGACUUCAAGUCAAGCUAAACAAGUGUUUUUAGGUGUUCCUGCUGAUAAUGCAGCUUCUGGUUUUGUUCCUUCUGAUGUUUUGAACUCUCAAGUUCUUCCUGCUAUUAAGAGUUCUCCUAAUUAUGCUGGAGUCAUGAUUUGGAAUAGAUUUUUUGAUGGAAAUAGUGGAUACAGUGAUGCUAUUAAGGGCAGUGUUUAA